AGCUACACACACACACGCACACAGACACACACAGAGAGAGAGAGAGAGAGAGAGAGAGAGAGAGAGAGAGAGAGAGAGAGAGAGAGAGAGAGAGGGUCAAAUUCCAGAGAAAGAAAGAAUGGUUGCAGUGCCCCGAAAACGCUUUGUUCUGGUGGCCUUUUUCUUGCUUUGCUUCAUAUCCAUCACAGCUAAAGCAAGCAGGAGUGUGCCUAAAGAAAGUCGUAAUGGAGCUGAUCAAAAGGGUGAUGGGAAUGAAACAAUAUUUUCACCAAAAUCUAAAGGGGAACUAUCAGAGGGUAAUAGUGAUCAAGACUUGGCGACAAUGGACUACACUCCUGCUCAGAAAAGGCCUCCCAUUCAUAACUGAUCGAGUGAGCUAGAGAUCAAUCUCUAGCUACUAUAUAUAGACGUUUACGUAUAUGGGGUUUGUACUAGUUUUCCUUCUUCUUACUUACAGUAUAUAGUACCGAUCGAAUACGUACCGAUCAGAUUCGAGUCACGGAAACAGCUUCUCCAGACCUCGAUCGCUUUAGCGCGCGGGAGACUCCAGGGUUUGGGAGAGACUCGGGGGUUUUGGAAGUUUUCAUGUAAAUUAACAAACAAAAGUGAAAAUACUAGUAUUAAUAUUAAUUAUAGGGAAAAGUGGGUGGCCGGGUUUUGAAAGCACAGAUAUGCAAUGUAAAUAGAUAUGCGUAUGUAUUCCAUAGGGUUAAUAAGUGUCCCUCUUGGGGAAAGCUGGUUGGACUGUACUUGUAAUCUUGUAGUAUAUGAUAUGAAAGCUAUGUAAGAAAGUCGUGGAAGGUAUAUAAAUAAAACUAAUAAAUUAAUUGUACAUA